AUGAUGAUGAUAUCAACUCCGACCUCAUCUUUUCAUGAUUGCGUACCAAUAGAGAAUUUUUUAUUUAAAAAUGAAUCGUUUUCACCACUACAAUUUACUGACGAUCGUUUCGAAGAAUCCUUUGAUGAGAUUAAUUCUACUAGAACAAAAACUAUGCGAAAUUCCACAAUAAAACGACCUAUGAACGCGUUCUUAUUAUGGGCCCGUGGUGAAAGAAAACGCGUGUCAAGUGAUGGUUAUGGUGUUAGUCAAACAUCUUUGAGUAAAUUCCUAGGUGAAACAUGGCGACACAUGUCUGUGGACGAAAAGCAACCAUUUUUAGACAUGGCUGAAGCACUGAAAAGACAAUAUCAUAUUGAUCAUCCCGACUAUAGAUUCAAAUCUAAACAACGUUCGACGACCGCUAAUAAAACAAUAACAAGAAAGCAUCACUCGCCUACAGCUCAACGACAACUGUCAACUAUGAAUUCAUCAUCUUUAUCUCCAUUUCUUCCACAACAAACAUCAUCGUCAUCACUAAUGUCCAAUAUCACUCCUCAUUCAAUUCAACCAACAGUUUUAACAAUGUGUCAAGCAAUGAUUCCAAGCGAAUCAACGGAUAAUAGUUCUAAUAAUGAAUGGUUUUUUAAACUUCUUAGUCAACCUCAAUCUGUUAUUAUUGCACCUCCAUCUCGAACACAAACAUCUCCAGUAACAUCGCGACGAGCUGUACGAAUACAAAUCAUCAAUAAACACGACGAUAUUACUUUACCACCACCAACACUACUACCAAUGACACCAUCACCACUAUCAUCAUCGUCAGUUACACUCGAUGACACAACAUCAACCCUAGUUGAUUAUUUAACCAAUACUUGUCCUAUGUUCAAUAUUUCAAAUAAUCAACAGGAUUUAGUACCUGCCAUAGAUGAUAUAACUGGAUAUGAAUUAUUGCAAGAUUCAACAGAUAAUCAUUUAAUGGAUCUUACUGAACACUACGAUGGUAAUGGUUAUAUUGAUACACCAUUAUCGAACUUUGCUACAAAUACAGCAGAUAUUAUCUCCAUGCCAUCAUCAUCUUCGUCAUAUUUAUCUUAUGAUUUUUUAUGCCUAUAA